CGCUGCAGGCACAGAUGAGUGUAUAUAGCCAAUCCGAGCAUGGGUUGUGUGACAGACUUCGUUUUUGGUACGUUUCCUGUAAGUCAUGUCGGGUGAAGAAAUAAGUGACUUCGAUGAUGCCACGUCUUUUUUGGGAGACUAUGGACUCUUUCAAGUUAUGAUCAUGGUGUUACUGAGUGUCAGCGUCGUUCCAUGCGGGUACAUGGGAGUUCUGACGGUUUUUAUCGCUGAUACGUCCGAACAUCACUGCACAACACCUGCCAACCUGACGCGCAAUGGCACAGUGGAUCUGCCGUCCUUCCGCGAGCGCAGCAGGAGGAUCGGACCUGACAGCUGCUCCCGUUACAAAGUGAUCAACUCCACGGAGGACACAAUGAUAUUCAGCAACGACACGGAACCGUGCGUGGAUGGAUGGGUCUACAGCACCGAGAAAUACGCCGCCACUAUCGUCUCUGAGUGGGAUCUGGUGUGCGAUGACGCAUGGAAGGUUCCUCUGUCCACCUCCUUAUUCUUUGUAGGAAUGACGAUUGGAACCCUUGUUGCUGGACAACUUUCUGACUGGUUCGGCAGAAAGCCAUUGUUUUUUUCCUCGCUGGCUUUACAAACAGUUGUGACCUUAAUCCAAGCUGCUUCAGGCAACUGGGCAAUGUUCUGUGUUCUCAACUUUCUGAGAGGAAUCAGCCAAAUAUCUUAUAUCACAGCGGUCAUCCUGGGUUCAGAAAUCCUGAACAAGUCUGCCCGGGUGAGCUACACUCUGCUGGGUCAUGAUCUCGGUUAUGGCCUAGGUUACGCCUUGCUUCCUCUCCUUGCCUUCUUCAUACAAGAAUGGAGGAUGCUGUUAGUUACUGCUGCCCUCCCUGGUUUCCUGUUCAUUGCAUUGUGGUGGGUGAUUCCAGAGUCUCCACGUUGGCUCCUGCAGAAAGGACGUGUGGCAGAAGCUGAGGCUGUGAUACGAAAUGCUGCGAAAAGAAACAAAGUUCCUGCCCCUGAUGUCAUAUUCAGAGAAGAUAACUUAGCUCUCAUGCAAAACACUGAUGGCCAACAGCAGACAUAUUCUUAUUUGGACCUGAUACGUACCACCAACAUGAGGAACAUAACAAUCUUAACUACCUUCAUAUGGCUAGCUUCGGCCAUGGUCUACUAUGGACUUGCUCUCAGUACAAGUAACAUGAAUGGAAAUGCCUACCUCAACUGCCUAAUUUCUGCAGCCACUGACAUUGUGGCAUAUAUAGCUGUCUGGCUGUUGAUUAAUAGGGUGCCAAGACCCACAAUUCUCUUUUUCACCCUGCUUUUCUGUGGCGUCAUGCUUGUACUCGUAAAGAUCAUCCCUGAAGAUAAACCCGUCAUUUCGCAGACGCUUGCAUUGCUGGGGAAGCUGUGUGUGUCUGCUAGCUACGGCUUUGUCUUCGUGUUCACCCCUGAGUUAUUCCCCACUGUGGUCAGAAACAUGGGAGUAGGCAUGGCGUCCACAGCCUCACGCAUCGGUUCAGUGAUUUGUCCCUAUGUGAUCUAUGCAGGUGUUUAUAACAAGAGUCUCCCCUUCAUCAUUUUUGGUACAGUCAGCAUCAUAGCUGCUGGCCUCAGUGUUUUGCUGCCGGACACCAAAAACGACAAACUCCCUAACCACAUUAGUCAGGCCAAACCCAUCAGAGGGUUCAAUGCAUUGAGGAAAAGUCUUAAGUAAACUUUUUUGUAUGAAGUAGGUAGUUCAAUGGACUUGGGUUUAAAUCCUGUACAUCUCUGUGCCCAUGGACAAAACACUUAAUCUGCAUUGUCUCAGUCCACCCUGCUGUAAAAUGGGCAUCAGUCUUGGCUUGAGAAGGAACCUGCAUCAAACUGGCACCCUGUCCAGGACAACCUGUCACCUUCUUCUCAAUACAGAAUCUAAAGAUAAGCACCUAUAUAGGCCCUGAGGUCUAUGUAUGUUGGAAAUAAAGCUUUGAUUUGACCAGCA